AUGGCCGAGGAUGCCAAAAAUUUAAUAAACAAAACAUCGGACAAUAACGAACUUACAGUGUUCUCCUUUAAAAAUGAAGCAACAAAACUAAAAUUCGCCGAUGACACUAAGGACGAUAACAAGGAUGGAUCAAUCAACAUUGAACCAAAAUAUGCUAGUAAACUUAUAGGCAUAGUAUCGGAAAUGGAUCCAGCGGAUCAUCGAAUAAGCUAUCGAGUUUAUCCACAACGUUGGAUCGUUUUAGCAGUUGUCGCAUUAUUGAACAAUUCAAAUACAAUGUCAUGGAUUGCAUUUGCUUCCAUUUCCAAUUAUGUCGACGUUUUCUAUGGAAUGAGCAAAGCAGCGAAUUGGUUUUCACUAGUUUUUAUAAUCUGCACAAUACCGAUAGGCUUAUUCGGCAUAUGGAUGAGUAGUUCGUUCGGGCUUCGAUUUGCGAUUCUCAUCGCAGCUUGGACAAACGGUAUUGGUGCUGCCAUCCGUCUUAUCAGUUCAUUUUUGCCACUGCAAAUCCGCUUCCCGGUUGGGAUUUUUUGGACAGGCAGUGGCUGCUUGUGCAUAUCCGUUUAUUAUGUUGCGGGGUCAUGGUUUGCCGAAAAUCAAAGAGCGUUAGCAACAACCGUUGGAAUCAUGGCAAAUCCGUUGGGGGUGUUGAUGGCAAAUGUUCUUUCUCCACAAAUAGUUGAGGCUCCAGUGGAUGUAAUUAUAGUAAACAUCAUAACUUUUGUACCUUCGCUGUUGGCUUGUUUAAUAGCAACUUUCUGUGUAACUCGUUCAGAACCACUAAUUCCACCAUCACAAAGUGCUGCUCAACCACAAAUGCCGUUUCUUCCUGGAAUCAAACAGUGCUUUACUAAUAAGGCUUACAUACUGCUUUUGAUAGUAAUGGGUGGUGGUAUUGGCAUGUUUAAUUGUCUCUAUACCGUCAUACAACAGCUGUUUUGUGCGACAGGAUAUUCGAAUUCGUUCUCCGGACUUUGCGCUGCACUGAUGAUCAUUGGUGGAGUUUUCGGAGCUACUGCUUCAGGCAUGUUUGUCGACCGAACCAAACUUUAUGAAGAAACCAUGAAAAUAUGCAUGUCUCUGGCUGUCAUUUUUGGGGUCAUAUUUUUGCAGUUAUCUCUACAUUCUGAUCUCAUUAUCUAUCUUGUAAUCAUGGCUUUCCUAUUCGGUGUUUUCGGACUUGCAUCAUAUCCAGUUGGUUUAGAAUUAGCCUCCGAAUGUACUUUCCCGGUGUCUGAAACAUCUUCAUCAGGCCUUGUGGUGCUCAGUGGUCAGAUACAUUCAAUAAUUUACGUUGGCAUAACGAAUUUACUUGCGCGACCAUUACAACAGGCAUAUAAAAAUAUUCAAAUUUGUACAGUCGAAGAUGAAGCCAAUUCUACCGCUGUACCACAAGAUAGCUCUAUUUCCGUUAUCGUAUUAUCAGCAAUAGCUGCCCUACUAGCCAUUGUGCUAGUAAUAUUUUUCAAACCAACUUAUAAGCGUAUGGGAGCGGAGAAAAAUAAUUCAUUAGUUACGAAUGGAAAAGAAACAAGCGAAAGUCGUCAGUUAAACGAUUUGAAUCGAAUUAAAGAUGAAUCUUUAAUACCGCUGGCAGUAUAACAAGGUACCACUUAAAAGUAAUGGUGAAUUAUGGAUUUUUCCCUGAUUUGGAAACUAAUUGCGCUUUUUUAUGGGUAACUUUUAUGUGAUUUUUGCAUAACUGAUUCUAGUUGCAGUUUUUCAUAUUGGGAAUUUUUUUUACGUGGAAUUCAG